CUGGAGACUCCAAUUUUCACCUACUUCACCAUGAGUAACUUCCAACGAUCCAUUCCCACGUCGCCCAAGACCACGUCGCUGGCUAUCUCACCCAACUUGUCACAUGAACGUAACCCAUCCAUCUCCAGUCAGCAUCAUACCCACAAACACAGCAUUGGCUCUCACCUCCCCCCCUCGCUGUCGCAGGCCUCGUCACGUAAACCUUCCAUUGUGGAAAUGCUAAGCUCUCCUCCGCCGUUGCCUGCCAACCCGUUCCCCAACAACGACGACAUCAACUCGUUCAACUUGUCACGCAACAACAGCUUGAGCUCGCGGUCCAGUAUGGACAUGCACGAGGUUCAAUUGACAGAAUUGAUUGAGAGUAACCGUUUAAUCACCAUCAACUCGUCGUACCUGAUCCAAAAGGCGUUUGAAACUCUCAUGGAGCACUCUUUGACCAGUGUCCCGGUCAUUACCUCGCCUGACCCCCGUGACCUCACCAACUGCUUGACAUUUGAUUACUCAGACCUAAACACAUACAUCCUCAUGAUUAUGAAUAAGAUCCGGUACCAGGACUUGACGGUGGGUGGUGCCGGCAGCGACACCGACAUCACGGCUGAGGUGUUUGACCUGUACGUCGAGAAGGGCAAGAAGGGCGAGGAGGUGCCGGUGACGUUCAUCAUUGCGUUGCAUCCCAAGAACCCAUUUGUCAAGAUCAACGAGAACGACAGCUUGGUGUCGGUGAUGGAAAUCUUGGGCAACGGCGUCCACCGAGUGGCGCUCGUCAACAACAUCGGGCAUAUUGUGGGGAUCUUGUCACAGAGACGGUUAAUUCGGUUCAUCUGGGACAAUGCCAGACGCUUUAGUAACUUGGAGUACUAUUUUAACCAGUCGAUUGAGGAUUUGAAGAUCGGUUCGUCCAACCCUCUCACCAUAUAUGGUGACAGCUUGUUGAUUGAAGCCCUCCACAAGAUGUUUGUGGAACGCAUCAGUUCGUUGGCGGUGAUUGACCGCAAGGGCAAUUUGGUUGCAAAUAUUUCCAUAGUCGACGUCAAGAACCUCACGUCCUCUAAGAACAGUCACUUGCUCUACAAGUCGGUGAUGAACUUCAUCGGCUUCAAUUUGAGCCAGAAGGGGAUCGAGGAGGGAAAGGACCAGUUCCCGAUUUUCCAUGUAAAUAGACACACCGGCCUUGGAAGGAUCAUUGCCAAGUUGGUGGCCACCGAGAGCCACCGGUUGUGGAUCGUGGAUCCACCCAACCAGUCAACAAUCGAGGAUACGUUAUCGUUUGACGGUGGAUUACCUGGGAAGUUGACGGGGGUGAUCACCUUGACGGACAUUCUUGGAUUUUUGGCAUCAAUCAAGUCAAAUGGCAAGAAAAUCGAUCCUAGCUAUGCCAGAAACCAGAGAAGAAGGUCUUCGACGUCGACUACGCGGUCGUCAUUUGAUAAUUCGUCGAGCCUGGAGAUUUUCCGCAAGUAAGAGGGAUUGGCAUCCUGUUCAAGCAGAGAAUAUUGAGCGGUUGUCAAUUGGACCAUUGGAGAUAGCUGGAGGUUAAAAUCAUUUGAGUAUCGGACAAACAAUUGGAGCUCUAUAUCGAAAGACUCUUUCUGAUGAGCGUUUUGGUCUUGACUUUCACUAUCAAUUUAAAUUUUAGAUGAAAACCCCAUUUGCAGCUUUUAUCAGUCGCUGGGUAGCACCUGGACAGUAUCACGUGCCAUAGACACCUCCUACCAGUCAAUUAUUCAGUAUAAGCUGGCUCCAAUCUACUUAUAGUUGUCUUUUCCAGUACUUGGUUAUCAUAUCCUCAACCUCUCGAUUUGACCUCAGAAAUCCACACCAUCACUCCUACAUUGUUCUCCCAACCCUACAACAAGUAUCUUCAACUAUCCUCCUUUUUAUUUUAUCGUCAUAUAACCUAGUAUCCUAUUUAUUUAUACAAUAUACUUUUUCCAUUAGAUACGAGAUAAGAGACUUGACACAAAAUCAUUGCUUCUCUACCUGGCACUAAUGAGACGCGCAACUUCUCCCCAGUAGCUCUCCCAAUGGCCCCGCGCACCGUAGGCCACUCGAGUGAAAUUUUUCUCCCUGUUGUCUCUCAUC